AUGAGCAAAACUGAUCAAAUCACUCUUGCAAAUGUUUAUGAGCAGAUGGUGGUAUUUACUAAAGGAAGAGAAUAUGUGUAUGAAACUACUAUUUAUCUUGUCCAUUCCUUAGACCUAUCAGGAAAUAAUCUGUCAGGAGAAGUACCUGAUAAUAUAACAAGCCUCUUAAAAUUGGGCAUCGUGAAUCUCUCUAUGAAUCACUUGACAGGAAAAAUUCCUGAGAGCAUUGGAAACUUAAGAAGUAUGGAAUCACUUGAUCUCUCAAGAAACCAACUUUUUGGUCCCAUUCCUCAAAGCUUGUCAUCCUUGACAUUCUUGAGUUGCUUGAAUUUGUCAUUUAACAACUUGUCUAGAGAAAUUCCAUCUGAGAAUCAACUUCAAACCAUCAAUGACCCGUCCAUCUACCAAGGUAAUUCUUUACUCUCUGGACCUUUUCUUUCAACAAGGUGCCCUGGGGAAGAUGCUGAUCCUGAAGCAAAACCCAAUGGAGGUGGUAAUAUAGGAGCAGAUAAGAAUGAUGAAGACAGACCUGAGUCACUAUCGUUCUACAUUAGCAUUAUAGCUGGCUUUAUUUUUGGGUUUUGUGGAGUUUGCGGAGCACAGUUGUUAAAACAUCAUAGAGGCAAGCUUACUUUCAAAUCUUUAAUCAUUUGA